GGUUUGGAGUUUGGGAGUGAUAAUAAAACUUGUUUGUGUUUUGUCAUCGCGUGCAAUUUUACUAGAUUAUUAUUAAGUCGAAAUAUAAAAGUUUAGGUUUAGUCACAGCAUGGAGGACAGCGGAAUCGACAGCGAGGAUAGACAGUCAAAUAUAUUUGAGGAUGGUGCUGCUGGUUUACUGAAAAGUGCCAGUGGAGCGCCGAAACAUAUGUCCGAUCUGGAGUUUGAGGUGGCAUUUAGGGGUGCCAGCAACAAAGUGUAUGCGCCAACAACCAUUGAAAUCGAUGAGGAUAGAACUGGAGGAGCACGCGGAGCCGAGGGACGCAACGAACCGCCAAACACCUGCCGCAUACUGCAACGCAAACUGGAACUGAAGGUCGAGCGUGCCAGGCGCAACUAUACACAGUACCAAGAGGAGCAGGCCACUAAGACACAGGCAGCCACGCUUAUACCCAUCAACCGCUUACCCAUACCAGGGGAACAGGAGCAGAAGCCGCUGGUCGAUUACAAGUCUGAGAGCAGCGAUGAGGCCGAGGAGAUAUCAUUUUUCCCCGCACAGCUGAAGCGUGCCAAGCGACGUCAGCAAAAUCAUGAACUCACAGACACAUUCAGCAUACAGGAAAUGACCAUUGAAUCGGAUCUGGAGUCCGAUGAUAGCGGUGGCACUCAGAAUCUCGAGCUUCUUUUGCCCUCCAUGAAAACCAAUAUAUUGGAUAAGUUUAAGAGCUGCUUUGGCUGCUGGCGGCGCAGGUAAUGCCCAGGGAG